AUGUCUAAGUCAGCUAUGUCGUCCUGGUACUUGGGCAUUGACAUUGGUACCAGUUCUUUGCGGACGUCCAUUUUGAAUGAUCAGGGGGUAGUGGUAGGCGGGUCCGAGCAAGCAAUCGAUGUCUAUUACCAUCCGUCCAACAAUCGAAUUAUUACGCAAAACUCGCCUCAGCUCUGGUCCAAAUUGUUAACUGCUAUCGAUGAAAGCUUGCAAGCAGCAAAAGCUAAAGAAGAAGGAACUUUGAAAUCAAUCUGUUGCGGUGCGACCUGCUCUUUGGUGGUUGAGGACGAUGAUAGCAGCCAUAUAAUUCUCUGGAUGGAUCACAGAGGAGAGACAAAUUCUAUCAACAGCAAGAUGGAAACGCAAUAUCCAAGAAUUCUGCAACGUCUUGGAGGGUCAAUAAUCGCAGAGAUGGCUCUUCCCAAAAUCAAGGAAUAUCUUAGAAAAACCCCGUCCAAACCUCGUAUAUUUGAUCUUCAUGACUGGAUCGAGUGGAAGCUUGCAGGCGAGGUACUGAACAUACAGAAGUACAACACAGAAUAUAUAGGGAUCGAUGGCUCGCUGAAGGGAUUCUCAAUCGAAUGUCUUCGCGAACUGGAUAUCCAUCUCAAAGAGUCCCAGAUCGGCAGAGUCGAAAACAUUCCAUAUCCAGGAAUACCGUUCGCUGGAACCCCUAUUGCCAAGCUCUCGCCAGAAUUGGCUGAGAGAUGGGACGCCAAAUCUGCCGUGGUUUGCUCUGGGGUCAUAGACUGCUAUGCUUCUUUUUUUGCUCUGCAGAACAACGAUAUAAGUCCAGAAGAAAACUUGGUAAUGGUAGCAGGUACUUCCACAUGCUACUUGACUGUUUCCAGGGCCCCAAAGGAACCUCCACCAGGCAUUUGGGGACCUUUCCAUCUGACAGAAAACUUUUGGUUCUAUGAAGGAGGAUUAAGCUGUUCGGGUAUUCUUUUCGAGUCUCUGCUUGAAAAUCAUCCGGCAGCAAAAACGCUGGACAAGUCCACAAAUAUGUUUCAGCAACUCGAAAAGCUGGUGAGCUUUUUUGUGGAAAGUGAGAAACUGAGUUCUGCCUGGCAGCUGAUAGAAAAAAGAUUAUACAUUGGCGAUUAUCUGGGGAACAGAACCCCGUUUAACGAUUCGAAUCUCUCGUCCGUGAUAAUUGGAGGAUCAUUGCGUCAGGAUACAAGGGACCUGGUGUGCUGCUACCUUUCAAUCUUGGAAUACCUGGCUCUUUCUACAAAAAUGAUCGUUGAGUGUUUCCGCAAAUCAGGAUUCUAUCUCAAGACAUUGCAAGUGUGUGGGUCUCAAGCGAAGAAUGCUAGACUCAUGGAGUUACUGGCAUUAAUUUUAGACGAUAUGAACAUCCUUCUUCCUAUAGACUUAGACUCGAAGCUGAUUGGAGCUCGCGGAUGCUCGAUACUUGGCGGAUGUGCGGCGAAAGAUGCAAAGUUCAAAGUUGUCAAAGAUGUCCCAAACGAUACUCUGAAGAAACUAUUCGAUACAAAAUAUGUCAUCAUGUUCGAGUUGAUUGAAAAACAACAGGACUUUAAUCGGAGGCUUGCCAGCUGCACCACUCACUCUCAGACACAGUGUUAA